AUGAUAGUGGGGAGGAAAUCGUGCCGAGGAGAAUGGAUGUCCACUUCGAUUGACACCAGACUUUUCUCCACGUCACGAUCUCUUCAAGUGCCAACGGCUCAGGAGAUUUUCGACAGAGAACUCAAGUACGGCUGUCACAACUACAAACCGUUGCCUGUAGCUCUAGCCAAAGGAGAAGGUGUUUUCGUAUGGGAUGUGGCUGGUAAGAGGUAUUUCGACUGUCUCGCUGGCUAUUCUGCUGUUAAUCAAGGUCACUGUCAUCCUCGAAUAGUGGCGGCUGCCGUGAAACAGAUGCAGACACUCUCGUUGACAUCACGAGCGUUUUAUAACAACGUACUUGGCGAGUACGAGGAAUUCCUCGUGAAGAAGUUCAAAUACGACAAAGCUCUACCGAUGAACACCGGCGUGGAAGCAGCCGAAUCGGCAGUGAAGCUCGCUCGCCGUUGGGCUUACGAUGUGAAGAAGGUUCCCAAUAACAAAGCGAAGAUGAUUUUCGCCGAGAACAACUUCUGGGGUCGCUCAAUCGCUGCUAUUUCUUCAUCAAGUGAUCCCGAAUCCUACGGUGGUUUCGGUCCCUUUGUACCGCUCUUCGAAAGAGUUCCCUACAAUGAUCUGAAGGCACUCGAAAAAGCCAUAUCCGACCCGAACACGGCUGGUUUCAUGGUGGAGCCAAUCCAGGGUGAAGCUGGAGUCGUAGUACCAGAUGUUGGAUAUUUUGAAAGCGUGCAAGAUCUUUGCAAGAAGCAUAAUGUGCUCUUCAUCACUGACGAAAUACAAUCAGGUCUUGGAAGGACCGGAGAACUGCUGGCUCACUACCACGAUGGCGUGCGACCGGACAUCGUGGUUCUUGGAAAAGCUCUCUCCGGCGGCGUCUAUCCGGCCUCAGCAGUUCUUUGUGAUGAUCAUAUCAUGCUAAAUAUCAAACCGGGACAGCACGGUUCCACGUACGGAGGGAACCCAGUGGCUUGUCGAGCUGCUAUUGAAGCUCUGAAGGUGAUCGACGACGAGGGUCUUGUUGAGAACUCAGCAAAGAUGGGCGAGCUAUUUAUGUCAAAGCUACGAACACUACCCAAGGAUGUCGUGAAAACUGUUCGGGGACGAGGGCUGUUCAUCGCGAUUGUCAUUAACGAAAGUACAGUACGAUGCCUGGAUGGUGUGCAACCGAUUGCUGGCCAACGGAGUCCUGUCGAAGAACACGCACGGGGAUGUUAUACGAUUCACUCCACCCCUUGCAUAAACAAGGCCCAAAUCGAAGAAGUGUUCGAUAUCAUCUCAAAGACGAUUCAACAAGUGGUCGCUGAGCACAAGUAG